GGUGUGCCUGAAUAGACGAGGAAGUCCCGCUAUUCCAUUCAUGGACUAGCGUAACGCCUGUCGAAGAAGACGUCAUACCUCUGCUCUCAAACCGCACCUUUUAAACAUUUUUAAACGGUUUGGAAUAUCUAUAAAGCUUCUCCAUUCGCUUUGUAACACUGAUACACAAGCUUGCUUUCACUGUCAUUUGAAGAGAUACAUCUGCGCUUCGCCUUUGGAGCCUUCAUCAUCGUAUCUAAAAAUGACUGAACAAGAAAGCUUCCCUUGGCACCUAGGCGUUUUCGACGCUCAUUGUCAUCCUACAGACACAAUGUCUAGCAUUUCUUCCAUGCCCAAAAUGAAAACGCGGGCCCUCACUGUGAUGGCAACGCGCUCAGAGGACCAGGAUCUCGUUGCCUCUGUAGCGAAGGACUACGGCGUCAAGUCAUCAGACCAGGAAGGGUGGAAGAGGGAUGAGUGCAUACUUCCAUGCUUUGGAUGGCAUCCGUGGUUCUCGUACCAAAUGUAUAUUUCUGAAGAGGAGGACACCGACAAGCAGAAUAGCCCACAAUCGGAGGAAAGUUAUGAGAACCAGCGCAAAAGAGGGGGAGGAAAGAUUGAGGAACAGCCCCUAACAGGGGAAGCCAAACUUCAGCAUUACCGGCGCGUUCUACUCCCCUCUGGAAAGCCGUUUCCACAGGAUCAACCACUCUCCAAUGAGUACAUCAAGAUCAUACAGCAUCUUCCGGAUCCUACAUCGUUCCGCGAUUUUCUUGUGCAGACGAGGCAUUACCUCCAGGAAUUCCCUUUUGCACUGAUAGGGGAAAUCGGUCUUGACCGUGCCUUUCGAAUACCAGAAGCUUGGGCGCAUUCAUCCUCAUCGGAGAGUGAAAGAGACGGGACUCUAACGCCAGGUGGACGAGAAGGGAGACGACUGACGCCGUUCAACGUUGACCUAGGGCAUCAGAAGCGCAUCAUGCGGAUGCAGCUGGAUCUGGCAGCUGAGAUGGGGCGAGCAGUGAGCGUGCAUGGAGUGCAAGCGCACGGAAUGGUGUAUGAGGUAUUGGCCGAAACAUGGGCGGGAUGGGAGACGAAGGUGCCAUCGAGAAAAGAGAGGAAAAAGCAAAAGGAGAAUCAGAAGAGACAGGUCAUUGCAGAGCAAGAAGAAGGGACUGGAAGUGGCAACGACGACCGGAAGGCCCGUUCCGUCGACGGCAGCGCAGGGCCGCCUUACGAUCCAAUUACUCCCAAAUCUGAAAAAAAGCCAUAUCCUCCUCGAAUCUGCCUGCAUUCCUACUCUGGGGACCCUUCCACCUUUAAACGCUACCUCUCUCCUAACAUUCCCGCGGAAAUAUUUGCCUCAUUCUCCACUGCGAUCAACUUGUCUUCUCCUCCAACUGCAAAUCAGGACAAAAAAUACAUGAAAUUUGAAGAGAUGAUUCGCUCAGUGCCGGAUCACAUGCUCCUCGUGGAGAGUGACUUGCACACAGCAGGUGACAGGAUGGAUGAGAUGCUGGAAGAUAUUGUGCGCCGGGUGUGUACCAUAAAGUCAUGGGGGCUCGACGAAGGCACGAAUAUUCUGAAGCGCAAUUGGAGGAGAUUUGUCUUUGGCAAAGAUUAGAGGCGCCCAGGAAUCCCUGAAUAUUAUCGAGGACGGCUCCGUACUUCCAUGCCAGCAUGUUUCGUUUCCUACGCAACA